UACACUUCGUAGUGACUUGAAGUCCAGCUCAUCUACGCAGCAGAAACACGCAAAACCAAAUAGCAAAGAAGAAAGGACACACAACCUAAAGAUGGGAGAGCCAAUGCAGUUAAAAGAUGAGGGAAACAAGCACUUUCAGGCUGGGGAUUUCGACCAGGCCAUUGAGUGCUACACCAAAGCCAUCAAGAUGUGCAAGGACAAGAAGGUGUUGGCUGUCAUUCACAGAAACAGAUCUGCAUGCUAUCUUAAAAAGGAAAACUAUUCCAGCGCAGCAUCUGAUGCAAGUAAAGCAAUUGACGUCGAUGCAGCCGAUGUGAAAGCCUUGUACCGACGCUGUCAAGCCCUGGAAAAACUCGGAAAGUUGGACAUGGCCUUCAAAGACGUGCAGAGAUGCGCCACUAUUGAACCGAAAAAUAAGACCUUUCUGGAAACUCUCCGCAGGCUGGGGGCCGAAAUCCAGGCCAAGCUCAAAACAACGUUCUCCACAGAUUCACGGGUACAGAACAUGUUCGACAUUCUGCUUGAUGAAGAAAUGGAAAAAGACAAAAAGGAAAAAGCGGCCAACAACUUGAUCGUGCUGUCAAGAGAGGACGCCGGAGCAGAGAGAAUCUUCCAGAAUAAUGGGGUGCAGCUUCUACAAAACAUGAUAGAAACAGGCAAACCGGAAAUGAUCCUGGCUGCUGUUCGCACGCUGUCAGGAAUGUGCACCGGGCAUAAAGCGCGGGCCAUGGCCAUCGUUAACAUGGUGGGUGUUGAUAAGAUCUGCAGCAUCAUGGCUGUUGACAAUGAGGAAAUCGCUCUGGCAACCUGCAACCUCUUCCAGUGCAUCAAUGACUCGCUCAGUGGGGGAGAUAAAAGGGAUUAUGGGAAGGAAGCCUCCUUGGUUUUAGAUGCGGCCAAGGACCUUAAAAACAUCCUUCUCUCUCUGUUGGAGAUGGUUGGUAGUAAGAAGGUGUCUGGCCACGGCAGAGAUCAGGCGCUCAAUCUCCUGUGCAAGAAUGUGCCCCGCAAGGGGAAGAAAGAAAAAGACAACUCAAGGGCCCUCUUCACAAUUGACCAUGGUCUGAAGAAGAUCCUGAAGGUUUGUGGACAGGUUCCUGAACUCCCUGACCAGCUGCUCCUGACAGAAAACACACAGCUGAUUGCCAGCGUGCUUCUCAACAAGCUGUAUGACGACCUCAAAUGUGACCCGGAGAGAAACAACUUCAGGGACAUCUGUGAUGAAUAUAUCAAAUCCAAAAUCGACCCCAACAACAUGGAUAAGACCAUCCACGCCAUCAACACCAUCUCCGGGCUGCUCCAGGGUCCCUUUGACGUCGGCAACGCCCUGAUUGGACACCAGGGCAUCAUGGAGAUGAUGGUGGCUCUGUGCGGCUCGGAGCGCGAGGUGGACCAAAUGGUUGCGGUGGAGGCGCUGAUCCAUUCUUCUACAAAGAUGAGCCGCGCCACCUUCAUCAUCACCAAUGGCGUGUCUCUGCUGAAGGACAUCUACAAGAAGACCAAGAACGAGAAGAUUAAAAUACGAGCGCUGGUGGGUCUUUGUAAGCUGGGCUCAGCUGGAGGUGACGACUACAGCUUGAGGCAGUUUGCUGAGGGCUCCACUGAGAAGCUCGCCAAGCAGUGCAGGAAGUGGCUCUGUAAUCCCCAAAUUGAUGCCAAAACCAGGAAGUGGGCAACUGAGGGUCUUGCUUAUCUGACAAAUGAUGCUGAUGUCAAAGAUGACUUUGUGGAGGAUGAAAUGGCCCUGAAAGCCAUGUUCGAACUGGCCAAGUCAAAGGACAAAACCAUCCUAUAUGCAGUGGCGUGCAUUCUUGUUAACUGCACCAACUGUUACGACAAAAAGGAGAUCAUCCCUGAACUGGUGCAACUCGCCAAGUUCUCAAAGCAACACGUGCCUGAGCAACACCCCAAGGACAAAAAAGACUUCAUUGAGAAAAGAGUGAAGCGGUUGCUGAAGGCCGGAGUCAUAUCAGCCCUUGCUGUCAUGGUCAAAGCAGACAGCUCCAUUCUGACAGACCAGACGAAAGAGAUGCUGGCAAGGGUAUUUUUGGCAUUGUCUGAUGAUCCAAAAGAUCGUGGUACUAUUGUUGCCCAAGGUGGUGGAAAGGCUUUGAUCCCACUCGCUCUGGAAGGAACAGAUGCUGGAAAGGUGAAAGCCAGUCAUGCCCUCGCCAAAAUAGCAGCUAUUUCCAAUCCAGAAAUCGCUUUUCCUGGUGAAAGGGUGUAUGAGGUGGUCCGUCCCUUAGUCAACCUCCUUCACACAGACAGAGAGGGGAUGCAGAACUUUGAAGCUCUGCGAGGCCUCACCAACUUUGCUGGAUUCAGUGAAAAACUGAGGGUAAAGAUUGUGAAAGAGAAUGCUUUGCCUGAUAUUGAGAAUUACAUGUUUGAGGAGCAUGACGAGCUCAGACAAGCUGCCACUGAAUGCAUGUGCAACCUCGUAACGUGUAAAGAGGUCCAAGAGCGAUACCUGGAAGAUGGUAAUGACAAGCUGAAGCUCCUGGUGCUGCUGUGUGGAGAAGAUGAUGAAAAACUUCAGAUAGCUGCAGCUGGAGCUCUGGCCAUGAUCACUGCUUCUCAGAAGAAGCUGUGCACCAAAAUGACCCAAGUGACUGCCCAGUGGCUUGAGAUCCUGCAGAGACUAUGUCUACAUGAUAACCCGCACAUCCAGCACCGCGGCCUUGUGAUCGUCCAUAACAUGUUCAACUCUGACGACAAUGAGCUGACCAAGAAGCUGAUAGAGAGCGAGAUGCUGGAAAUCCUCACAAUUAUCGGCAAGGCGGCAGACAAUCCCAAGAGGCAGGAGCCCAUCGAUACUGCACGCGCUUGCCUUGUCAGAGCUAUGGAUCUUGGUCUCAUCAAGCCUUUCAGCAGCCCUUCUUAAAAUGCAACAAACCAAACAACUGCAGCUGACAUUCUUCUCUAUUCCCUCUGUUAAAUAGAGACUUUUUUCAAUGCGAUUUUUAAGUAUUUUUAUGUCUGGCUUAAAAUCUCUAAGCAUAGUCCUCAUAAUAUCUGCUAUUGUGGGAUUAGCCAA